AUGGACGUUGAGGCAGCCCUGCUGAGAAUCACAGGCCAAAAAGAGCCUCUGAGACAGUCACAGUCUGCUGGCCAGGGCAUCUGUGAAGCUGAAUCAAGGGAAAUUUUGUCUGAUUGUGCAUCUGUGGAUAAGGAUACAGAGACAGAGAUAGAACAAAAAGUCAUGUCCAUAAAAAAAGAGAUCAAAGAUGAGAAAGAUGAUGUGGAUUUGGGACCAUAUGCUGCAGAGACAGAGUUUAUGCCACAGAUUGAUCAACAAGAAAAAGGACAAGAAGUAGAAAGUAACAGCAGUGAGAGCACCGACUCCACCAGCAAGAGUGACCUGAGUGAGAUGAAUAGCCAGCAGCUCCAAGGCCACCUCUCUUUGGCCCAAAGCCAGCAGUUUCUACGGGAAGAGGAGCUACGGGCACGCCAGCAGAGAUCCACCACUGGCGUAACAUAUACAGAUCCUGUUGGCAGCAGAGGUGGUUGCUACUCCACCAUCAGAGAGACAUUCUUGAUAUCAAGCAAUCAGCUGUUCAUUUCAGACAAGUGUUGCAAAAGCAGACUGCCAAAGAAACAGCAGGAUACCAAACCAAAGAACAAUGCCCAGAAUAUGCCCCUGGCUCAGCUGGCACUGCAAGUUGACACGAUAUCUGGGGAGUGGCAGCAGCAUCUCACAGGGGACCUAAAGGAGGAAAGGCUACUGUUCCUCUGGCUGCUUGCUUCCAACCGAGCCCCUUGUGAUGGCAGUAUGCCAGUCAUGAACAGGUCAGGCUUAUUAAGUAAGGCAGGUUUGAUGAGGCUGUUGUCUUCAGAUGAAGUGUGGAGUUUAGGACGGAAGAGAAACCAAGUGGAACUCGUCCCAGCAGAGCAGAACAUUCUACAAAUCUCAGAAUCACAUCAUCCUCCAUCCAGUCCCUCUCACAGGUAUAGCCGACAAAACCAAGCUCUUCUUCGCCUUAUAAGUCCAGAAAGAAUAGUCAAGACGGACAGUGGGAACACUCCAUGCCAGCAAGACUCUGUGAAGACUUUGAAACCAGGAUCUAAAACUGAUGAACAAGAGACUCAUCUCAAGGUACAAGGAUUUUAUGAGGAUGCCUGCACACCCAAGUUUAAUGAGGCCUGCAAUGAAGAAGUGCUGGCAAUACUACAACACCCAACUGAAAGACCCCUGAAGCCUGUAUUGAAAAUAAAACAUUUACCAUUCGGCCAUGAGUUUGAUUCAGAUUCAGAAAGGACCACUAUAGAGUCUAGUUUGUCAUCUGACACAAAAGAGGAUCUGCUAUUUGACUCUAAGAGUGGCCAUUUUAAACUUAAAGGGCAAGAUAACAUAAAGAAGACAAGUGUAGUUCAUGGCAGUCCAACACCAAAAAUCACCGCUCUUAAUGUGCAGAACAAUCAGACAUUGCAAAGUGUACUGUCAUUAAACAACAACCUCUGUGACAAGGAUGCUGGGGGGCAGUGGAAAUUUUCAUUUUCAAACCCUAAAACCAAUAAAACUUGUACAGACCAUGAGUUUCUUGAAGAAAAAACUCUUGCAAGUUUAAAUGAGACAGUCACAGACAACCCAUUAAUUGAAAACCUGAUCCUGGAAGCAGGAAGUGCUGAUUUAAGACAGACUCAGGAUAGUCCAUCUUGUGAUACAUUUUUCAGCAUCAGCUUUAUUUGA